AUGGCAAGGUACCAGCGAUCAUGGUCUGACAUACCACCAGAGCUUGCUGCCCUGGUCCUCCUCCGCCUCCAUGCCCACUCUGACCGUGUCCGUUUCGCAGCUGUAUGCCGCGAUUGGCGCGCCUGCGCAAGGCAGCAUCAGCUGCCCCCGCCUUUGCCCUGGUUCAUACUCCCUGGUGGAACCUUCUUCACCUUACCCCACAGUGAAUCCUUCCUGAUCCCCAACGGUGUCGAAUUCCACAGUUCCUGCGGUGAGUGGCUUGUCUUUGCACGUGACGACAUCUGCUACCUCGUAGACACCUUCUCUAAGGUCACCUUGAAGCUCCCUGACCUAGACAUGUACGACCGCAUCGAGGAGCCUGACGAAGUUAUCAAUGGUCACAGCAUGUGCUACAUUUGUCUGGACGUGGAUGUAACCAUGUCAAUAUACAAGGUAAUCGUGUGCUCAGUGCUCCUUGUUGCUGCCAUCGUUGACAUCGGGGAUCUCCGCACUCUUGCGGUGUGCCGACCGGGAGGUAACCUAUGGUUUGUAAGUGCGCUUGGCUACGACAGGUCCUUUGACAUAAUUCUCCAUGGAGGCAAGUUGCUCACGGUUGAUGGAUGGAGGAACCUUUGCGUUAUCGAUGUCGAAGAGGACAGUGACAAUGGCAGCCUAUUCAUUUCCCGGAUCGAGCGCAUCAUCAAGGGUCCUCCCUGGCCCUUCAGGCAGUUCCCGGGUGGCCUCCUUGUAUUCGACCAAUACCUGGUUGAAUCUCAUGGCGCCCUGCUGCUGGUCCGUGGGACAAUCUAUGGCAAGCCACCUGAGGACAACCACACCGGGUUCGAGAUCAGGGCAGUACGGUUUGAAUUCGAGGUGUGUGAGGCAGACUUUCAGUCGUCGCAGUGGGUUGAGAGGAGGAGCGUGGGGGGACGACCAGGUGCUGUUUCUUGGGCCGAGAUGCUCCAAGUCUGUCUGUGCGCCCCAGUACAAUCUGAAGGGGAACUGCAUCUUCUUCCUGGAUGA